CCGCUAAGCAUGCAGAAGGAAGUGAAGACCAUCAAAGCCGAGGCCGUGCACUUCAACCUGGGCACCAAGAGGCCCCCCUCCUUUCCUCACUGCCUGCAGGCAGCAGUUUCUGCAGGGAAAACUCCUGAGAAACACCCGCCCUUCCCCGAGGCGCUGCGGGGACCCUUCUCCCAGUUUCGGUAUGAGCCUUCUCCAGGGGACCUGGACGGCUUUCCCGAGGUCUUCGAAGGAGGCGGGUCUCGGAAACGCAAGAGCAUGCCCACCAAGAUGCCCUACCCGCAUCCUACCCAGGAGGCCUCCGCGGCCCUGCGCUCGGACGAGGGCCAAGGCCAAGGCCCUCCCAGCCUCCCGCUGCUCUUCCCGCAGCCCCCACGCCCCAAGUACGACUCCCAGAUGAUCGACCUGUGCAACGUGGGCUUCCAGUUUUACCGCACCUUGGAGCACCUGGGCGGCAAGUCCGUCAGACAAGAACCCAUCAAGCCCAGCGCCGUGUGGCCCCAGCCCGCACCUCCCGCCUUCCUGCCCGCACCCUACCCUUACUACCCCAAGGUGCACCCGGGCCUCAUGUUCCCCUUCUUCGUGCCCUCCUCGUCGCCUUUCCCCUUCGGCAGGCACGCCUUCCUGCCCAAGCAGUCCCCGGAGCCGCUGGGGCCACGCAAGGCUGAUCCCCCGGAGGGCGAAGAGACCAAGCAGAAGGUGGAGCGGGUGGACGUGAACGUGCAAGUGGACGAGAGCUACUACGUGGACGUGGGUGGGGCGCAGAAGCGCUGGCAGUGCCCCACCUGCGAGAAGUCCUACACCUCCAAGUACAACCUGGUGACCCACAUCCUGGGCCACAGCGGCAUCAAGCCGCACGCAUGCACCCGCUGCGGCAAGCUCUUCAAGCAGCUCAGCCACCUGCACACGCACAUGCUCACGCACCAGGGCACGCGGCCCCACAAGUGCCAGGUGUGCCACAAGGCCUUCACCCAGACCAGCCACCUCAAGCGCCACAUGAUGCAGCACAGCGAGGUGAAGCCGCACAACUGCCGCGUGUGCGGCCGCGGCUUCGCCUACCCCAGCGAGCUCAAGGCCCACGAGGCCAAACACGCCAGCGGGCGCGAGAACAUCUGCGUGGAGUGCGGCCUCGACUUCCCCACCUUGGCCCAGCUGAAGCGCCACCUCACCACGCACCGCGGCCCCAUCCAGUACAGCUGUUCCGAGUGCGACAAGACCUUCCAGUACCCGAGCCAGCUGCAGAACCACAUGAUGAAGCACAAGGACAUCCGGCCCUACAUCUGCUCCGAGUGCGGCAUGGAGUUCGUGCAGCCGCACCACCUCAAGCAGCACUCGCUCACGCACAAGGGCGUGAAGGAACACAAGUGUGGAAUCUGCGGGCGGGAGUUCACGCUGCUGGCCAACAUGAAGAGACACGUGCUGAUACACACCAACAUCCGUGCCUACCAGUGCCACCUCUGCUACAAGAGCUUCGUGCAGAAGCAGACCCUCAAAGCACACAUGAUUGUCCACUCAGAUGUGAAGCCGUUCAAGUGCAAGCUGUGUGGGAAGGAAUUCAACCGCAUGCACAACCUGAUGGGCCACAUGCACCUGCACUCGGACAGCAAGCCCUUCAAGUGCCUAUAUUGCCCAAGCAAGUUCACCUUGAAGGGGAACCUGACCCGCCACAUGAAGGUCAAGCACGGAGUCAUGGAACGGGGCCUUCACUCUCAAGGUUUGGGAAGGGGGCGGAUCGCCCUGGCGCAGACAGCAGGCGUCCUGCGGGGUCUGGAGCAGGAAGAGCCCUUCGACCUCUCUCAGAAGCGCGAAGCCAAGGAUCUCACCUUCCAAGCGGACCGGGACAGCGCGCGGGUCAGCCCCUGCCACGAGGACGAAGACAAUGACCCGGGCUACGAGGUGGAGUCUCCCAGCCCAAGCCUGGAACCCCCGAGCCCGGCACGCAGCGCCACCCACGAUCCGCAGGCAGAGGCUGAGCUGGCCCCGGAGGUUCCAGGGGAGGUGGACGAGGCAGACGCGGCGGACGAGCCCCAGAAGGAAGCAGAGGCCAACAGCAAGGUGCUGCCCGGGGCUCAGCACCCGGCACACAGUCUCCGCCUGUGUGCGUUCCCCAGCCCCCAGCGUGGCUCCUCUUUCUCUGAGUACUUGUACUUCAAGCACCGAGAUGAGAGCUUGAAAGAACUACUGGAGAGGAAGAUAGAAAAACAAACAGUGCUUUUAGGGAUCUAAGUGGACGACUUUAACAAUGCACUGGGGAGCUGGGACCCUACUAAUUGUGCAGGCACCCUCCCCGAGGUUUGGGUAGGCACCGCACUAUAACAAACUGUGCAUUGCUAGGGAUCCCCCCGCCUUCCCCCAUCCAGGGUGCUUUCCAAAAUCCCAUGACCCUAACUAACACGCAGUACGUGGACAGUUUCUAGUCACGGGACCAUGGUGCUUAAUGUGCUACCUUAGCAAUAACUGUAGUUGGAUUUGUGAACAUUAGAUUUUUUUUUCCCAGGCAGUCAAGAGUAGUAGCUGUAUAUUUCAAAAUCGCCUUUAUGAUAUUAUCAGAAAUGCCAGAGGUAAGACAGGAGGGUGAGCUAUGCAAGAUGUUCUCAGCUAGUGGCUGCAGGUGCGCGUGGAGCCAGCUCCGCAGAAGUUGCAUCCUUUCUCCAACAUGGACGUGGGCAAUAUUUACACCCCUGCCUGGUCU